AUGGGAGCUACACUCUCAAGUCGUGCUCAGUGGACAUCAGCCAGCGAAGGAGCAGUUGGAAAACUUGAAAUUAAUCCUCAAAAUGAGCAACUUCUGACUGAAAUUGCAGAAUUUACUGAAGUAUUUCCUUCUAAAUAUCCGGCUGAAGCGGAGAAAAUAUUUAACAAGCCAUUUACUUGGAAUUCCAGCUUAGAUCCUAUCAGUUUUACCUCUCUGGAUGAAAUUGAAGCCAGUGAUAUGGAAGCAAAGUCGAAGGCUUGUAACGCAGCUGAUGAACCACUUCUUACAGUCAUUAAGGAUAAUGAUAAAUGCCUCAUUACUGCCGCAACUUUCGAACAAUUAAGCAAUGUGCUUAAAUGUGCUGGAAAUCGAAAACUUUCCGAAGUACAAGCAUGCUUAGAAGCUAAUCGCGAUCCUAUUAGCAAUAUGAUGGGGCCAGCAUUUGCAAGGAUUGGCAUUGAUGAUACAUCUCUGGUUAAGGCUCAUCAGUUGCUGGUCAGAGCCCAAAAGGAGGGAAAUGAGAAUGUCGAAGAAAUUAAUACUGCAUUUAAUCUCUUACUGGUGGUGAACUCUUUCGAUAUGAAAUUAAUGCAGCUGUCUUUUGAUAUUGUGGCAAAGGAGAUUCGAUUGAGUCCCGAAGCUGUAGAGAGAGACGUAAAUCUCCUGAGAUCAUUCUCUGGUGCAGAUAAAAGUUGUUUACUAAGAUCUAUUGAGUUUAUGUCAGAUUACGUAUUUGCUAAUGGAUGCCGUGCACCACCAUGGAGGCAAGUUCAUGGUGAUAUCGCUUAUAUCAUCAUCAAACCUUUCGAUAUCGAUGAACAAUUAGUGUUAACAGCCAAUACCUCAGGCUACUAUCGUAAUAAGGGAGUUUCUAACGAAGGUGAAAUUGAUUAUACUCGCAUUGGCGAAGUUUUCCCGACUUUAGUCAUGUUCAUGAAAGAGCAAAGUGCCCAUUUUGUCUCGACAAUGGGUCGACAGGAAUUUGCUUUCUUUAAUAAAACUGGCAAAGAUGAAGACAAAAAUAUUUCCAAAAAUAUCAACUUUGACGAAGAUGAAGGAGAAUCAACUCCUGCAGCUAUGACUAGAGACGAUACGGGUCAUUUAAGUAUCAAGAAGACAUUAUCCAUUCUUAAACCGGAUGAAGACUUUAGUGAAAGCUCAUCAGAAAGUGAAGAAGAGGAAGAUAAUGCCGAUCGAAGACAAGAAACGAAUGCUGAUUUACCUUCGGAAUAUUGGCAAAUUCAGAAGCUUGUCAAAUACUUAAAGGUCGGUAAUUCCACCGCAACAGUUUUAGCUUUAUGUUGCAUUCGCGAUUUUAAUUUGGCUCAAGAAGCUUGUCAACUUGCUAUUCGAAAAGUUGGUGGUCUUGAAGUACUGAUUAAUUUAUUGGAUACGGACGAAAUCAAAUGCAAGAUUGGAUCUCUGAAAAUAUUAAAGGAUAUAUCAAGGAAUACUCAGUUACGUCGGGCAAUUGUCGAUCUUGGAGGUUUACAAACUCUAGUUAAAAUUCUGGAUGAUGACAAUAAAGAUUUGAAAUGUUUAGCGGCAGAAACGAUUGCUAAUGUAGCUAAAUUUCGUCGAGCUCGACGUACUCUUUCCAUUGUGAUCGCAAUUUAUACAGAAAUUCACUUUAUUUCUAGCCAUGAAAAAGACGUCAACGUAGCACGUUGCGGUGCUUUAGCUUUAUGGAGUUGUAGCAAAAGCACCAAGAAUAAACAAGCAAUUAGGAAAGCAGGAGGCAUUCCAUACUUGGCUAAAUUGCUUAAAUCGAAAAACGAAGAGAUCCUCAUCCCGGUUGUGGGAACAUUACAAGAGUGCGCUUCUGAGAGAAGCUAUCGAUUAGCAAUCCGUACUGAGGGAAUGAUUGAAGACUUGGUUAAUAACCUCAAUAGUGAAAACCAAGAAUUGCAGAUGCACUGCGCUAGUGCUAUUUUCAAAUGUGCAGAAGAGGAAGAAACAAGAAAUCUUGUUAGGCAAUAUGGUGGCUUAGAUCCUUUAGUUCGAUUAUUGCAACAUCGUGACAAUAAAGAGUUACUAGCUGCCGCUACUGGUGCAAUAUGGAAAUGCUCCAAGAGUCCGGAAAACGUCCUACGCUUUCAGGAACUAGAAGCGAUUGAAAAAUUGGUGGGUCUGUUAACCGAUCAGCCAGAAGAGGUACUAAUUAAUGUUGUUGGAGCGUUAGGUGAAUGCGCAGCGGAGCAUUCCAACCAGGUUGCUAUUCGUAAAGCUGGCGGAAUCCCUCUGUUAGUUAACUUAUUAACCGGAACCAACCAAGCUCUGCUGGUCAAUGUAACUAAAGCUGUUGGAGCUUGUGCAAUUGAUCCUGAAUGCAUGUAUAUUAUUGAUCGGCUAGAUGGUGUACGAUUGUUGUGGUCCUUGCUUAAAUCUUCCAAUCCAAAUGUUCAGGCUAGCUCAGCUUGGGCAAUUUGUCCAUGCAUUGAGAAUGCUAAGGAUGCCGGUGAAAUGGUAAGAUCUUUCGUUGGAGGCUUGGAAUUGAUUGUCAGUUUGCUGAAAUCGGAAGAUAAAGAAGUACUUGCAAGCGUUUGUGCUGCGAUUGCAAAUAUAGCUAAGGAUGAGGAGAAUCUCGCUGUUAUUACAGAUCAUGGUGUUGUCCCUAUGUUAGCUAAAUUGGCUACAACAACUGAUGAUCAUCUUCGUCGUCAUUUAGCAGAGGCAAUUGCGAGAUGCUGUAUGUGGGGCAACAAUCGUGUUGCAUUUGGUGCAGCUGGUGCAGUAGCACCUUUAGUCCAUUAUUUAAAAUCGCCGUCUGCAAGUGUCCAUCGCUCAACGGCUAAAGCAUUGUUUCAACUCUCUAAAGAUCCUAAUAAUUGCAUUACUAUGCAUGAAAAUGGAGUAGUUAAGCUGCUAAUUGAUUUGGUGGGCUCGACAGAUAGUACUUUACAGGAAGCAUCUGCUGGUUGCAUAAGUAAUAUACGUCGUCUUGCUUUAGCAAACGAGAAAGCUCGCAAUCGAUAA